AUGAAAGUACUCUUAAUUGGCUGUGGACUAACUUCAACAAUAACUGCAUACUUGUUACGUACCCGUAUACCAAAUAUUCAUUUGACACUAUGGGACAAAGCCAGAGGCCCAGGUGGCCGCACUUCAGUUCGGCGUGGCCCGAACGGUACAUUUGUUGACCUUGGUGCUCAAUUCAUUUCCACUGAUGCAUCAACAUUAUCCAAAUACUCUGCUAUAUACGAACCAUUAAUUUCCACUAAAACAUUAGCACUUAUGAAUUGCAAAAUCGAAGGGAUUUCAGAAUCACACCACAAACAACACUUUAUUGCACCGUUAGGUGCAAACUCAUUAGUAAAAUAUUUUUUGAAUAAUGCCAGUAUAGAUUGUAUCAAAUUUGAAAGAAAAGUAUGUGCAAUUACCCCUACAGGUAAAGUGACAUGUAUUUGUGGAAGUGAAGAGUUGUUUGACUUAAUAGUGAUAACAGCACCAGCACCACAAAUUCUUCAAAUGGAUUGUCCAAUGUCUCAAACAAUUCGCUAUGAACUAGAAAAAGUUACCUAUAGUACACGUUUUACAUAUAAUAUGUUUUAUGAAAAACCUGUAUUAAAAACCGAAUGGGACGUACAGUUUUUAAAUGAUAAAACAUUCAGAUAUGUUUCUAUAGAAAAUAGAAAACGAGAACAAUAUAAUUUACCAGAUUGUGUAGUUUUCCAUACAACCAAGGAAUUUGGACAAGAACAUAUAAAAGAAACCACAGAAAGUAUGUUCCAAAUGUUAAAUGAUAAAGUAAACAAAUUAUUUCCAGAAUGGCCAUUACCCACAACAAGCAAUGUUCAUAAAUGGUUAUAUUCACAAGUCACAACUCCUUAUAGUAACAGUCCUGGAUGUGUUUUGCUAAAUGAAUCCAUUCCAAUUUUAGCUGGUGGAGAUAGUUUUACCCAGUCAACAUUUAAUGGUUGUAUAGAAUCAGCACUUCAAAUUUGCGAGACUAUAGAAAAUUUAGAGUCAUAA